GACAUGGACAGUCCCCUGCUUAUGCAGGUGAGUUGGCAUGAGAAACGAUAUGCCUUCAUGAAGCCACCAAUCUGCUCUGUAACACCACCGUAGCAGAGUUGACGAGUUGGACCAGGAGGCGCGAUUGCAAGAUCCAUGCCACGGCGGUAAACCCAUAUAAUCCCAAGGGCCAGCACUCGAUGUGACGAUAGAGCUUCACGUUUUCUGUGCAAGGUCCAUUAUAGAGCUCGAGUCACUGAUAUUCAGACUGCCCUAUCUUGGAAGUCUUUUUGUCUUCUGUUUCGUCAUAACCAGAUUAUCCUCUUCUCAAUAGGCAACAAUACGCCCGAUAUGCAGAUCCGCAGUCCCCUCCGUUUGACCAGCACCAUCGACAUCGUCGACAGGGCCACUUCCAUUAGCCACAUCGAGGACCACACCCGCGGCGCUCUCGUCUCCAUCGACUUGAACUGCUCUGCAGACCUAUUCUAUGGCCGCAAGAAGCUCGUUGCCAAGUUCAGCCUGUCCUUCACAACAAAGAUCCUGGAUGGCUUCCACAAGCCUGUUGCCAUCCAAGAUGCAGAAGUCGGCUACUUUGAGUCUGACAACAACAUCGAGAAGAUGGUCAACAACCCUAGAAGACCUCUACCCAAGAUCACUGGAGACAAGGUGACAACCUUCAAGAAUGGAACGGCCGACAUCGAGAUGCAACAACCGGAAGAAUCCAGAAACAUUAGGAUUGUGGUUCUCCUGGAAGCCUAUCCGUCAAACAUGCAGGUAUCCGCCUCUCUGUCUACGGACGACGGGAUGAGCCGACCCAGUCAUGCGUUCACAAACACAACCCGGCCGGACAUGGUACCAUCCCCGAAUGAAGAAAGACUGCAGAAGCUUCUGUGCUGGACCGCCGCCCUCGGCUAUGGAACGCUGUUCUUGGCCUAUCUCGACCAAGGGCCAUCCAUACUGAAUAUGGAAGAUGAGUUCGGAAUGACACCCUUCUCGUGGGCGGCAUUGACUGGUCAGGACACUGUGAUUCGGCUCGCUCUGCAGCAUGAUGGCCUUGGCAGCGCCAGGGAAAGGACAACUCGGGGCCCUUCACCACUCGAAGCCGCUGCAAGAAGCAAAGAUUCGAGCAUCUUUGAGAGUUUCUUGAAGCUGUUGAAGUACUUCGAGGGCAUGAGUGGCAAAGCUGAUGGUCCCAAGGAGACUCGUCAAACCGAGAACCUGAUUCCCCUCGAUGCUAGCGAAGUGGAAAAGGAGCUCAGUGCGGCGGUCCUGAGAGAGCAGAAGGAAACCAUAGGCAAGCUGAUCGAUAUGCGCCUGACUGGCGACAUGGCGGCUGGGAGAGGCAAGCGAAGGUGGUUGGCCAGCCAGAUGGAGCGAGCCGCGAGGGAAGGGGCCCUCUGCUUCGUCCAAGUUCUCAAGACGCGAGGUGCAAAAGUCGACCCAACAGAGGCCGACGAUCGGAGCGAGGACAACCCGACGCCCCUUAUGAGCGCAAUCGAGCAUGACAGGAUCCAGGUUGCCGACUUCCUCAUCAGUCAUGGUGCAAGGGACGGAGAAGCAUUGCGCACUGCCGUUGAGCGAAAGCAGCACAACACU